AUGGGCUACUGUCGUGUACUUUGUACUGCUAGGAAGCUCCAUAGUCACUGAUGAGGCCAGAAGUGGUAUGAUAAACAGUACGAGAAAGCUUGUUUAGGCACAGCCCUGAAGACCAGCCCUUUUGAAAGUGCUUCUCCUGAAAAAGGAAUUGUGCUACAAAACGUAGGAAGUGAAGCCGAGCAGCAAAGUUCUGCCAUUAGGAAGUGUGUCAGGGGCCAGCAGAUCAAAAAUGGCAGGAAAAUCACAGCCUUUGCACCACAUGAUGGUUGCUUGAACUUUAUUGAGGAAAACGAUAAAGUUAUGGUUGCUGUUGGUGAUGUUCCCGGAGUCCACUUGAAGCUUGUCAGAGUAGCCAACGUCUCUCUUUUGGCACUACACAAAGGCAAGGAGGAAAGACAAAGAUCAUAA